GUGAACACUAAAGGAUGACUCAUGAACCGGAAGCACUACCUCCCGACUAGGUGGAACCGGAAGAAGAAGGAAAACGUUUCCGCGGUGACCGAGCUUGAAGCGGUCGCCAUGAGCCGCUUGCGGGAGGAGGAUGAUCCCUAUGUAAUCGAAGAGCCCAGUGACGAGGAGCUGGCGCAGAGCAGCUCUGAAGAUGAAGUGGAUGUGCUCUUACAUGGCACGCCUGAGCAGAAGCGCAAACUAAUAAGGGAGUGUCUGACUGGAGAAAGUGAAUCUUCUAGUGAAGAUGAGUUCCAGAAAGAAAUGGAAGCUGAAUUGGACUGCACCAUGAAAAAUAUUGAAGGCAAAUGGAAAUCACAGCUUACAGAUGAGACUUCUAGUGCUGGGCAGUCCGGAACUGUCACCACUUCAAAGUACUAUGAUGACAUUUAUUUUGAUUCUGAUUCAGAGGAUGAAGAUAAAGUAGUUUCACAAGAAACUAAGGAAAAAAGGAAACAUAAACAGCGUCGAAUUCCAACUAAUGAUGAGUUGCUGUAUGACCCAGAAGAAGAUAAAAGAGAUCAGGAGUGGGUAGACAGGCAGAGAAGAAGGUAUCAUAAUAUUAGAAGUGCUCGGCCUGAAGGAAAGCAAAAGGAAAGCAAGAGACUUCCAGCUAUUCCAAGUAGUGAUGCUGUUUUGAACUGUCCUGCCUGCAUGACUACAUUGUGUCUCGACUGUCAGAGACAUGAAACAUACAGAACUCAGUACAGAGCAAUGUUUGUGAUGAACUGCAGUGUUAUCAAAGAGGAGAUUUUGAAAUACAAAGGCCCAUUGAACAAGAAGACGAAGGCGCACAAGAAAAUUAAACAGAGUAGUGAAUCCAUUGCUGGCCUGGAAAAACAAGAAGAGGAGGAGAUAUAUCACCCAGUAAAAUGCACUGAAUGUUCAACUGAGGUGGCUGUUUUGGAUAAGGAUGAAGUUUUUCAUUUUUUCAAUGUUUUAGCAAGCCACAGCUAAAAUGCAUGUCAUGUUGCUUAAGACUGUCUUAAAUUUCAAAGGCAAUGGUUUUUGUUUGUUCCAUUUUGUAUCAUCUAUAAAAAGACCAACCUUAACUGGUGUGGCACUAUCUCUUCAUUAUAUUGUCUGUAGACAUAAUACAAGUUAUCUAAUUUAUGUAAAUAACUAAUAGAGCAGUUGCCUAUGUAUGUAUUUCUUUCAGUUUUAUUCGUCAGAAUAAAAACAUUCUUUUUAAAAGAAGAUCAGGCCAGGUUCUACGGUCAAUUGUGUUUAGUUGAUAGAAUGUGGUGGUGACUAGCUAAGUUAGGAAAAAUAGUAUCUGCUUUGUACAAAUUGGCAUAAUUAAACUCAGUUCAAGCCUU